AUGCUGUUGUUGGUGGCGUUAAUGCUGAUCGUCUAUCUCGUCCAAAUCCGAGCCGAAUUACCGCCAACUCGUUCCACAACUCGUCCACAUCCGCUGAUAUUACUCGAACGAGAUUUGGAGAACCUGCAGUGUUUAUUCUUCCGUCGCAAUUGCUCUAAUCACCUGGCAGAUUUUAUCGCAAGCAAAUCGAUUCUUUUGGAAUCCAGAUUAUGGAUGCCCAGAAACGGCACGGCGACGCCUAAACUAAACACCGUAAAACUGGAAAUCUACAUGGAGUCACAGUGUCCCGACACCUCUCGAUUUAUGCAUAAACAGUUGAUGAAGGCAUGGUCGCUGCUGUCUCAAACGGGUCGCGUUGAACUGGUGCUGGUUCCAUUCGGUAAAGCACGCUGUACUGCAAAAGGAGAUAACGAUUUUGAGUGUUCCUGUCAACAUCAAGCGAACGAGUGCAUACUGAAUCAGCUGAUGAACUGUGUCAUCGACAGUGUAGGAUUUCCUGAUAAGAUAGUGCCGGUUAUCGAUUGUAUUCAAGGAAAACCCAACAUCGAGAGCGCAAUGGAGUCAUGUAUAGCUCACAACUCAAUGAUGGAUCUAAAUGAAAUGUACUCAUGCGCUACGGGUCCACGUGGUCGACGACUUCUGGCGAUAGCCGGUUCGCGGAACGGCAGCGCUACAUCCUCGGCUCGAUUUUGUGCCAUGGAUUAUGAUCGAUGGCGAGCGGAACACUGA